GUUUGUUGAGUGAACGCGAGGAGCCAAUCAAUGGGCGAUCCUGUCGAUCAGCUGCUCUCCCCCGCUUAUCAUCACCAUCUCCACUUCCACAACUACCAAAACCAAGCCCAGCAGCUCCAACACCAGGACCCACCCCACAGCCAGAUUUACCCCCAAAAUAUCUACAGGGACCCGUCCCCUGGCCCGUCAUCGCCCGCUCACACCUCCGACGUCUUCCGCCACGUCCACACCCACCAAAUAUCCCCUCACGACAUCGACAGUGCUGUGUCCACCGGCGAACCCCACCCAGAUGACAGCACACCGGUCGACGAGGAGCCCCUUUAUGUCAAUGCCAAACAGUACUUCCGCAUCCUCAAACGUCGUGUAGCCAGGGCCAGGCUGGAAGAGGUCCACAGACUCUCAAGGCAAAGAAAGCCUUAUCUCCACGAGUCCCGCCACAAGCACGCCAUGCGUCGUCCCCGCGGUCCCGGUGGCCGAUUUCUCACAGCAGAGGAGAUCGCCGCACAGAAACUAGCCCAGCAAGCUGCCUGCCUAAAUGGUGCCAUCAUUCAGGAAAGCAGGGAUGACGCUGAAGACCCUCCGUGCCCCGAGCAGCACGAGGACGUGCAGUCUCGGGACGACCUUGUCAACUCAGUCGAUCCACCCUUGCGCGAAAACCGACCCAUUGCCCCGGUAUCACACCAUCACUUACAGUCUCAGCUCAUCCACGACCGCGAUCCCUAUGGUCAAGUGCUACCUACAGCCGAUAUAACUUCCGGAGCAUUGGAAUCAACCACUUCCUACCAUGCACUCUCGCAGAGUAACCCGUCGCAUCGCUCUUACUCCGAUAGCCGCCCGAGCCCACUUUCUGUCACUGUCUCUACCCGGCCAGCCAAUUCGCAGGCCAGCCCGAUAUUGCCCGAUCAAUCCCAUCACUCUCAGAAAGGCACAAGCCCUGUGUUGCGUGCUCCAUUCCAAUCUACAAUGCACCACGUUCCCCACCCGCAUGCUCACGCACGUCUCCGGCAUCUAAACUUUGCGGACGGCUUAUAUCCCACUGAUGACGCCGGUCAGAGUUCAUCAGGUGGGGUAUCGCGUUCACACCCAGACCGCCUUCUGUAGUUCGCGAAGCUAGCUUGUUAUUCUUCCUUCUGCCGGCCACCCGCCGACCCAGACCGAUUCCGUACCAAUGUUUCUGUCGUCGUUGUAUGUAGAUUUGCGGUUUGUAUGACGUAGAUGGACGUUUGAGCUAUGACAUAAGAAACCUGAAUGUAUACCAAGACAAGAAAUUGCUAGUACAGUAACUUUGCAGGUCUAUUCCUGCACAUCCAUCUUUUGUACUAGUGCAGAGGACGUUGCGGGUGCUGUUCUAGC